CUGUACACUUGGUUGUCCUUUCGUUCGUCCUCAGUGCAGGAUAACGAUACGUCUUCUUACAGCAGUUGCUAACUAUAUCAUCUAUUUGAUUGUGAGAUUCUACUCCUGACAGUGCAGAUAUAUUUCCAAGCGAAGCUUUUUAUUAUUAAGGGUGUUCUGAAGCAAUCAGAGGACGAUCUCUUCAGCCAUGGAGACAAUCAUUCGCCGCUGCCCGUUCCUGUCUCGGGUGCCCCAGACCUUCCUGCAGCAGGCCAGGACGUCCCUGGUGGUCUAUGCCCAGAAGUGCCCUGUGAUGAUGGACCUGGCCUCCAAGCCACUGGCACGCUCCCUCUGCUUAUCUUCCACCAGCAUGCAGAAGGCUGAGGGCACGGUGGCGUUGCCCCCGGCACCCGCUGAGCAUGGAGCCAAUGGUGGAAGCACCACCCAGCUGCCCCCAGGCCAUCCCCACCCGGUGCCUGCUGCUGCCCAGGGCUCUGCCUCCAAGUGCCCGUUCCUGGCUGCUGAGAUGGGCCAGAAGAACAGCGGUGUGGUGCGCCAGGCCAGCCUCCAGCUACAGGAGGAUGUGCAGGAGGUCCGCACUGUCCGGAAAGAUGUGACCCCUGCCCAGGCCCUGGCUGGCUCCUCCAACACGUCAGGAGGUCUGGACCGCUCCAGUCUGAUGAAGAAGCUGCUAAAGCAGCGUCCAACCAGAGUUUCCCAUUUACUGCAGGAGAACAUGCCCCACUCGGUGUCAAACUUCCACUACGACGACUUCUUCGAGAGGAAGAUCGAGGAGAAGAAGAGCGACCACACGUACCGCGUCUUUAAGACGGUGAACCGGCGGGCCACAGACUUCCCGAUGGGGGACGACUACACCGACUCCCUUAGCAACAAGAGAGACGUGUCUGUCUGGUGCUCUAACGACUACCUGGGCAUGAGUCGACACCCGCGAGUCCUCGGCUCCAUCAUGGAAACGUUGCGUAAGCAUGGCAGUGGGGCUGGAGGCACCAGGAACAUAUCUGGGACCAGCAGGUUCCACGUGGAGCUGGAACAGGAACUAGCGGACCUCCAUGGGAAGGACGCGGCACUGCUCUUCACUUCCUGCUUCGUAGCCAAUGACUCGACGCUCUUCACUCUGGCCAAGAUGAUGCCCGGCUGUGAGAUCUACUCCGAUGCGGGGAACCACGCCUCCAUGAUCCAAGGCAUCAGGAACAGCGGAGCCAGAAAGUUUAUCUUCCGUCACAACGACCCGAAGCACUUGAAGGAGUUGCUGAAGAAGUCCGAUCCAUCCACUCCGAAGAUCGUGGCCUUUGAGACCGUUCACUCCAUGGAUGGCGCGGUGUGUCCCCUGGAGGAGAUGUGUGACGUGGCCCAUGCCUUUGGUGCCAUCACGUUUGUGGACGAGGUGCAUGCAGUGGGUCUCUAUGGGGCCCGGGGGGGAGGUAUCGGAGACCGCGACGGGAUCAUGCACAAGAUGGACAUCAUCUCGGGGACAUUGGGGAAGGCGUUUGGGUGUGUCGGCGGCUACAUCGCCAGUACCAACGCCCUGGUGGACACGGUGCGGUCGUACGCUGCAGGCUUCAUCUUCACCACCUCCCUGCCUCCCAUGCUGCUGGCUGGGGCCCGGGAGUCUGUCCAGACCCUCAAGGCGGAGGAGGGCCGCGCUCUACGGAGGAAGCACCAGCGCAACGUCAAACUGCUCCGUCAGAUGCUCAUGGACUCCGGACUUCCUGUGGUCCACUGCCCCUCCCACAUCAUCCCUGUCAGGGUGUCUGAUGCGGAGAAGAACACUGAAGUCUGUGACAUCAUGAUGAGCCGCUACAACAUCUACGUCCAGGCCAUCAACUACCCCACCGUCGCCAGGGGGGAGGAGCUUCUGCGCAUUGCCCCCACGCCACACCACACCCCCCAGAUGAUGACAUACUUUGUCGAGAAGCUGGUUCAGACUUGGAAGGAAGUGGGUCUGCAUCUGAAGCCCCACUCCUCAGGGGAAUGCAACUUCUGUCAGCAGCCACUGCACUUUGAGCUGAUGUCAGAGAGGGAGAAGUCGUACUUCAGCGGUAUGAGCCGCUCCGUCUCGGCCCGGGCAUGACAACACUACUGGAUCAGUCCUCAACCUUUCCCUCUACAUCACUGUCAUAUUCUGCCUCCCAAAUGGAACCCUGUUCCCUCCUAGUGGGCUGCUUUUUGACCCGGUCCCUACGGGCUCUCGUCAAAGCUAGUGCACUUCAAAAGGAACAGGGUGCUAUUUGUGACUGAUCAUAGAAUGUAAAUCUAUAUUGUGUUUUAUAAAUGUCAUAACUUAUGUGUUGUGUGGGCGCCAGGUUGUCUAUAUAUAUAUGGUUGAAAAUAAAGGAGAGAGAAACUUG